AUGUCGGUCGGAGAGCUCGCUUGCACGUACGCUUCUUUGAUUCUCCACGAUGAUGGCAUCGCCGUCACUGCGGAGAAAAUCGCUACUCUGGUUAAGGCGGCCAAUUUGACCGUGGAAUCGUACUGGCCGAGCCUCUUUGCGAAGCUUUGCGAGAAAAAGAACAUCGAGGAUCUCAUCGUGAACGUCGGAUCCGGAGGCGGUGCCGCCGUCGCCGUGGCUGCUCCGGCCGGAGGCGCUGCCAGUGCGGCCGCCGCAGCUGCUCCUGCUGCCGAGGAGAAGAAGGAGGAGCCAAAGGAGGAGAGUGAUGAUGACAUGGGAUUCAGUUUAUUUGAUUAG